AUGACCGGAAUGCACAGAUCUGCUAGGGCAGUUGGUUACAGGAGCAGUGUAGCUUCUAGCGGAUACCACUCUGUGCCAAUCAAUAUUAAUUCACAGUCAGAUGUACCUGCAAAGGAUGACAGAUUUUGGGAUGUGUUUGAGAUGGACGGACCUUCAGAUGUACGAAGAGGAAUGAGAACAUACAUAUGGUGUAUCCGUGUUCUGAAGGUAGUGGUUUACAUUUUGUUGAACCUCUCCUUAGUACUGUGUACGGUUGGUCAGAGACUUACGCUCUUAACGCUGAUACCGCAGGGAAAGAGUCUUGACAAAUACCAGUGCCAUCUAAACGGGACUUUCUCUGCAAGUUUGACUGAGCGAUUAAGCAACAAUCUGCUGCUAUGUCUCGGAAUAUGUUUACCAUAUAUGUUGGUAUUCUUAACUGGACUCUGGAAAUACCUGUUUGGGAAAACGGAACAACCUUCUGUUCUUCUCACCUUAAAGGUUUUGGUUUUGGAGACAAUACCCACAGCCGGGAUAGCGUUUUUCGUCUACAUAAUGCUACCUAACUUUAAUAUGAUUACUGGAACGGCUGUACUUAACGCGUGCUGUCUGUUACCCGGAGUAUUGAAUAUGGUAUCUCGGUUCAAUUGUAUAAAUACAGAACCGAUGCAGGUCACAUCGUUACGGACGUGGAUGCCACGAUUACUUGACGGAGUAGCAUUACUCUUACAACUUGGGUUUAUACCAUAUAUGUAUCUAACCGACGUGUAUCUGUCCGAUCAUGCUGCAGACAUGAUAGGUUUAAUGCUAACUAUUGCGGCAUGUUCCUUCAUGUGCUGGGAGAAUUUUUUUGAAGAUUUCGAAUGUUUAAAUAAAAGAAUAAAAAUUACGGAUAAAAACAGACCAUUUUUAAUGAUGGUAUCUUCAGUGAUCAAAAUCAGUGUAACGUUUGUGAUCAGUGUUACAGCGACGUCUAAGGAUUUAGGAAACUACAAGGAUAUACUGCCAAAUGCAUUCAGGAACCUUUGGGCGGAACGCAUGUUUUUCGAUUCAUAUUUCCUUGGUUUUAUAUUUUCGUCAUUUAUCGGAUACCAUGUAGCCUAUACUGCAUGCAAAUUAAAUAUGCAGAUAUUUUCUUUCUCGAUACCAUUAUUGAUAACAACCCCUACCUCGCUACUCUUUCACUACUUAAACGCCGAAACUAAAAUCCCAGUAUUUGACCUACAACGCCUAAACACCGUUUGCGAGUUUUCAACGCACUGGCAAGACUAUAUGCCGUAUCUUUUGAUCCUGUCACUUUACUGGAUUGGGAGACAUGUUUGGACUCCACACAUGGAACGAAUGGCAAAGAUUGAAGCAUUGUUCGUGGCACCAACAUACUGCGGUGUGCUGUUCGAGCAACAUUUAGUACUGAAUAGACGGCGUCACGAUCAGAAAAUGGGAAAAAGUCCUGAAAGUUUAUACAUGAAUAAUAUACAUUUAGAGGAGGGCCAAACUGAAAAAUCUUCCAAAGAGCAGAGUAUAACAAAACCUGUUAUUUACGCAUGCGCGACAUUAUGGCAUGAAACUCCAAGGGAAAUGACACAACUUAUGAAAUCUCUCUUUGUGAUGGACUUGGAUUUUUCCACUAGACAAGCAGCAGACGAUUCCUCUGUAGAAACGUAUGAGUUCGAAAGUCAUAUUUUAUUCGAUGACUCGUUUGAAUACGAUGAGGGAGACAGGAGGGUGCCAAACAAGUUCGUUAAACAGUUUGUAGGAUUGUUAACAGACGCAGCUAGUGCCGCUCAUGGAACUAAAAUUGAAAUUGACGACCCCGUUAAGAUUGAGACUCCAUACGGCGGCCAGCUGGUAUAUGGUCUGCCCGGUGGUAGUCUCCUGUACGUCCAUCUCAAGGACAAGAAUUUAAUUCGUCACAGGAAGAGAUGGUCACAGGUGAUGUACAUGUACUACCUGCUUGGUUUUCGUAUAGGACAGAACAUUGACUCCAAAAAAGAUAAGUCUAUCACAGACAUAUCUAGACUUGUAUUCCAAAAGACCUUCAACACAUUUAUCUUGGCCUUGGAUGGUGAUGUAGAUUUUACUCCCGACGCCGUUCGCAUGCUACUGGACAAGAUGAGGAAAAAUCACCAAGUGGGCGCCUCGUGUGGAAGAAUUUACCCCAUAGGAAAUGGACCUAUGGUUUGGUAUCAAAAAUUUGAGUAUGCUGUGGCUCACUGGCUUCAAAAAUCUACUGAACACGUCUUGGGAUGUGUUCUGUGUAGUCCAGGUUGUUUCAGCUUGUUCAGAGGAUCUGCUCUCACGGACAAGAAUAUCAUGCGGAAAUAUACCAUUCUUCCCUCAGAGGCUGUACAUCAUCUCAUGUACGAUCAAGGGGAAGACCGCUGGUUAUGCACGUUACUGCUGAAAGGGGGCUACCGAGUGGAUUAUGCGGCAGCCGCAGAUGCCUACACGUUUGCUCCUGAAGGUUUUGACGAGUUCUUCAAUCAGAGAAGAAGAUGGAUGCCAUCUACCAUGGCCAACAUCAUAGAUCUGUUACAGGAUUCAAACGACACUGUGAAACGGAAUGACAACAUUAGUAGGCUUUAUAUCUUAUACCAGGGAACACUUAUGCUUUCAACAAUGAUCGGACCCGCAACUGUGCUGAUGAUGAUUGCUGGCGCUAUACUUACUGUGUUCCAAGUUGAGUUGAUGCAAUCUUAUCUGAUAUCGUGUCUACCAGCGGCAGCAUUUUUCUUUCUUUGCUUCUGGGUCCCACAGAAAUUACAGUUAUUUCUUGCAAAGCUUCUCAGUGCAUUUUAUAUGCUUAUUAUGACUGUAGUACUGGUGGGAUGUAUAGUAACGGCAGUGGAGGAAAACCCUUUCCAUCCAAGUGUCAUAUUCCUCGCAGGAUUGAUGUUGAUUUUCAUUUUCGCUGGUAUCCUUCAUCCAAUGGAUCUAGGCUGUCUUAUGUUGGGAACACUGUAUUUUAUCGGAUUACCAAUGGGUUUCCUGCUUUUGGUCAUAUACUCACUGUGCAAUCUACAUGUGGUAUCCUGGGGAACAAGGGAGGUCAGCAGUGUUAACAAGUCUAAAAAGGAAUUGGAGGAAGAAGCGGAGCAGGCAAGACAAAAUGAGCUAAACAGGAGCCGUGGGUUUUUCGCGAGGUUCUUUCCGGAUGUUCAAGUCUUAACAUUACUUGAAGAAUGGCGCCAGAAAAAGAAAAAAGAUGACGAAACAGCAACCAUUAUCAAGGAGUUGAGCUUGAAAAUUGAUAAUUUGGUAAAUGCGUUGGGGACUAAGAAAAGUCAUACUGGAGUGAUGUCACCGAGCACCAACAAUUCGCAGAAUUCCACAAACACCGAGGAAUCAGAUUUUAAGAACAAUACCAGAACAAUCAACCAUGCUGCCCGACAUCCAAGGAAUACCCCGCAUUGGACAACACUUAAAUGGUUAGGUAGUGAUCAGGGUAUGGAGUUACAGGCACCAGAAAAAAAGUUUUGGGAGGAGUUCAUCGAAAAGUAUCUUGCGCCUUUAGAUGCCAACUCGAAGAUACAGAAAGAAAACCAGGACAAAUUGCUUGACUUGCGUAAUGGAGUCUGUGGUGGGAUUUCCGUUAUCAAUGUUAUUUGGAUUGCAGUAAACUUCAUGUUUCAACUCCGUGGACCAGGACUUGUUUCUAUUCCAAUCCCGUCUCUGUGGGGCGGAGAGGAUCAGAGACAAGAAUACCUCCAAGUGGACGUAAUAGGAAUUUCAUUCGUCUUAUUCUUCAUGAUACUGAUGCUUAUACAGUUCUGCGGGAUGGUGAUGCACAGAUGGGGCACCAUGCUACAUUUGUUAGCAUUUACCGAACUGAUUUGGCCAUGGUCAAAACCAGCAUUGGAAGAGAAAAGAGAACAGUUUUUAACCGAAUUAAGUGAAGGGAAUAAGCUACAGCACCAGUAUGAAUCCAUUCGAGACCUUAGUAAAUCCGAGAAACGAGAAAAAUUAAAAGAGAUUAUUAAGCAUAUUCAGAAUAACGGUACAAAGCCCGUAGAAACAACACCAAACAAAAGUAUAGCUGAAAGGACCAAGAUCCUUAACCAAACACUACGUGCUAGAAAAAACACAUUCAAUCAGCCAGAAGUAGGAACAGCUGAUUAUAACUUACGGAUGACCAUCAGUCAAGUCCGAAAACGAUUAGGUAAGUCAGGACUCCAAAAUGACCCAUAUGAUCCCAUUCCAGAUUACGAUUAA